AUUUAAAAAAGAAAAACUGUCAACUUUGCAUCAACAUAUAUAAAAAGGAAAAAAGCAUCAAAAUCAAUGAUCAAUUGAAUGAUUGAAAUCAAGAAUAAAUUAAACUUAGCACCUUCUUUCACUAAUUGAAUCAUUCCAUUAUAAUUAAUGUGAUUAGUGUCAAAAGAUAAACUAAAUAAUUACCCAUUGGUGGGCUAACUAGAUUCUCAUAAACCCACGCACAUAAACCUUUUUUACAUUGCUAACCUCAUCAUAUAUUCAUAUCCCUUUCUCUAUAUAUAGGUGUACCACACAAAGUUCUUAGUAGCUCCAACAACCAAAACACAUCACCUAAAUUCUCUACCAACAACCACCACCAUGCCCACAUACCGGAACAUGGGCCCCACCCACAUUGCCGCCAACGUUACCACCGUCGAAUGCCACAAACAAGUCCGAACGUGGCGGCUCCUCCGUGCCAUCAUGGAACUCCUUAUCCCUACAUGUAAUUGCACCUUUGUCCAAGAACAACCUAACCACCAAAUCAAAAAACCUACACAAAACCAUCAUAAUCCUAAACCAACUCAUUCGAGAACCUCCUCAGCAUCCUCAUCCUCGUCCUCAUCCUCAUUCUCAUCCUCAUCCUCAUCCUUCCUUACAGGAACAAUCUUCGGAUACAAAAAAGGCAAAGUAAAGUUUUGCGUUCAAACAAACUCGAACGCAGCAACCCCAAUCCUUCUUCUAGAGCUAGCAGUCCCUACAACAAUUCUAGCUCGCGAAAUGCGAGGCGGGGUAUUGCGAAUCGCCUUAGAAUGCUCCUCCAUGCCCAGUACUAAUGACCCUUUUUCUCUUCUCGAAAUGCCGGUUUGGAAAAUGUACUGCAAUGGUAGAAGGGUAGGUUUUUCCGUAAGGAGGCGGCCAUCGAAGGCCGAUACCGAGGUUUUAUGGAAGAUGAAGGAUGUAGUGGUGGGUGCCGGCGUUGUUAGCGGUAAAGAAGUUGGAUGUGAAGAAGAUGAUAUUAUGUAUUUAAGAGGAAAUUUUGAAAGAGUUCGUGGGUCGAAUGAUGCUGAAUCUUUUCACUUAAUUGAUCCUGAUGGUCAUAUUAAUCAAGAUCUUAGUAUCUUUUUUCUUCGAUCUCGAUAAUCGUUAUCGUUAUCGUUGUCGUCGUCGUCGCCGGAUCAAAUUAUCUCCUAUGGACACUCACUAGUCCAUGCUAUAUUUGCAAACUUUCAUUUGCAUGGGAUUUUUUUUAAUUGGGUUGAAGAAGGAGGUUUUAUAAUUUUUUGUCAAAUAUUAUUUUGGUAAUUUCCCAUUUAGUUGGUUGUCUAACAAUUUUCUCUUAGUUUUUUAGCUGCUAAAAGAGACUUAUUAUAAGUGCUUUUUUGGUAGUUGUUGUCAUUAUAGAGAAAAUUUGUAUGUGUAUUAACUACCCAAAGGGGGUAUUGUUGCUAGCCAAUUUAUGUAAAUGAUUUAUUCAUGAAUUAAAGUAUUUUGUGGAUUUUAAUACAUGAACUAUAUAGUUCGAGAUCA